AUGCCAGAUAUCAGCAAAUCGGAACAAGUGUCACUAUGUCCGAGGUAUGUCUGUGCUGGUGAAACUGUAGAGACAUUUGUUGGAUUUUCCACAACUGCAUCAACUGAAGGAGAGGUUCUCUUUGAACUUGUGAAAAAAGUAAUUCUCAAUCUAGAGCUAAAGCUGGAAAAUAUUGUGGGAGAAUGCUUCGAUGGGGCUGCUAAUAUGAGCGGUGUUCGUAAGGGACUUGCGACGCGUAUGAAAGAAUUGCUCUCCUUUGGUAGUAUACGUCCAUUGUUAUGAUAAUCUCUUAAACCUUGCACUUCAAGAUUCAAUGACAUCUAUCGAGUCAGCUCGCAAUGCCUUUGGAACGUUACAGAAACUAAUACGUUUCUUGAAGCAAGUCCUAAGCGUCCUCAAAUUUUUCAGGACUUGGAGAUAGAGGAUCACAUAAAUCUAACCCUUAAAUCCUUAAGUGCUACAAGAUGGUCGUGCCCUAAGCGUCAUCAAAUUUUUCAGGACUUGGAGAUAGAGGAUCACAUAAAUCUAACCCUUAAAUCCUUAAGUGCUACAAGAUGGUCGUGCCGUUGGGAGGCUGUGAGAGCAGUGGUCGAACAAAUAACGAGAAUUGUUCAAGCACUCAUCUCAUGUAGUGAUGAUCGCGAUCCCACAACCUAUACUGACAGCAAUGCUUUACUAAACUCAAUUUGUGAUUUUAAUUUUGUGUUUGGUUUGUUAUUGCUAAGGGUUGUCUUGUCAAAUACAGACAGUCUGUCCAAGUACCUCCAGAGCAAGAAUAUGGAUGUUACCACAGCCAAGAAAACCGCGGACUCAACCAUCAAAACUCUAGAAGGUUGCCGAAAUGAAGAAGGAUUCCAGAUGCUGUAG